AAAUUACAAAUCUUGAGUGUCACCAUAUAGGUCAAACAUCAGUACGCAAACCAAGGACCCAAGCACCCAAGCACCCGGCGCAGGAAUGCUGAGUGUUAGCCGUUAUCCGUUAUCACCAAGGCAACCAGGCUUCGCCAGUCGCCCUUCCGCGGAUUUCCGCCAACUUCGUCUUUGCACGCGCAAACAACCUCCCUCCUUCCCGGGGUUUUCUCAGGACUCAUUUCACACGGGAUUGGCCUGCGGGACGUUCCGUAGUCGGAGGUGUGGCAGAACAGAAGACGUAAACAGAAUUUGGAUUGUGAUUGGUUCGCACGUUGUGUUCCCGGAACUCCGUGAGCAUCGCGCAUAGCAGUGAGACCCUUGAUAGGUACUGUGCGGCUGGCGGCCGGGGAAACCGUGGGAUCCGACAUGCCUCGGUAUGCGCAGCUGGUCAUGGGCCCCGCAGGAAGCGGGAAGAGCACCUACUGUGCCACCAUGGUCCAGCACUGUGAAGCCCUGCACCGGUCUGUGCAAGUUGUGAACCUGGAUCCUGCAGCGGAACACUUCAACUACUCCGUAAUGGCUGACAUACGGGAACUGAUUGAGGUGGAUGACGUAAUGGAGGACGAUUCUCUGCGGUUCGGUCCCAAUGGAGGACUGGUAUUUUGCAUGGAGUACUUUGCGAAUAACUUUGACUGGCUGGAGAACUGUCUUGGUCAUGUUGAGGACGACUACAUUCUUUUUGACUGUCCAGGUCAGAUUGAGUUGUACACGCACCUGCCCGUGAUGAAACAGCUGGUCAAGCAGCUAGAACAGUGGGAGUUCCGAGUCUGUGGAGUUUUUCUGGUUGACUCUCAGUUUAUGGUGGAGUCGUUCAAGUUUAUUUCUGGCAUCUUGGCAGCGCUGAGCGCUAUGAUCUCUCUAGAAAUUCCACAAGUUAACAUCAUGACAAAAAUGGAUCUGCUGAGUAAGAAAGCGAAAAAAGAAAUUGAGAAGUUUCUAGAUCCAGACAUGUAUUCUUUAUUAGAUGAUUCUACAAGUGACUUAAGAAGCAAAAAAUUCAAAAAAUUGACUAAAGCUAUAUGUGGACUGAUUGACGACUACAGCAUGGUUCGAUUUUUGCCAUACGAUCAGUCAGAUGAAGAAAGCAUGAAUAUUGUAUUACAGCAUAUUGAUUUUGCCAUUCAGUAUGGAGAAGACUUGGAAUUUAAAGAACCAAAGGAACAUGAAGAUGAGUCUUCUAGGUUUGAUGAAUAUUUUCAAGAACACCAGAAUGAAUAAAGAGUUUACUAAAAAGUGACUAUGUAUGUGAAGAGCUUGUGGCUGAAACAUCAGAACAUUCUUCUCAAAGGAUGCAAUACAAGAAAGCUACUUAUUUUAAUGAAAAAAAAUAAUACUUGGCUGUUUAUCAGCAGCAUGCUUGAAUCAGGUUCUUAGUUAUUCUUGAAACUACUGCUGUUUAAAGUGGAGUCUUGUACUAAUAUUUUUACAGCACAAUUUAGAUUUUAAAAGUUGAAAUUGAAAUGACUGCACAUAGAUUUGCAUAUAAUAUAAAUCAGCACCUGUGGUACAAUUAAGACCUGUAAACAGUUUGAUUUUUGUUAUUUUUGAACCUUUUUUUGGAGGGACUGGAAUUGUUUUAACAAAAUAUACAUAUGUGUGUCUAGAGGAAAAAAGUUGGAAGAAUAUAGAUAAGGCCAUUGUUUAUCCGUAUCUUCCAGUUUUGCUACAUUGAAAAUGUAUUAUUUGUAUAAUUAAAAAAUGAAAAGUAACUAUGUUUUAAGAUAAA